AUGAUCAUGAAUGUGUUCGGAUACACAGCCAUGGGUCAGCUCUUCGUCCUGCUCAUAUUGUUGUUGAUGUCCAUAAUUGUUGUCAUUAUACUGGUCGCUUAUGGGCUCAAUAUCCACCGAACGAAAUAUGCUUCAAUUAUUCUUUUAAUAGAGCGAGUCUACGCAAUGAUUGGAAUUGUCUUAUUUAUCAUAGCCACAGCGUUGGGAAUAUGGAUGGCUGUACUUACAAAGGAUCCUGAAGUCAACUACCAAGGUCGAGGACAUCUUCACAUUCGUGGGCAAUGGAUUGCUGCAGCGGUUUUCGAGUUUCUCAUGAUAUUUUUAUUCAUAGCCGACUUCUUGCUACAGAAGAGAGAGAACUAUCCAUUUACGGGAAAGCAAGAUAAGAGCCGAACUUUCCGGACAAGUAAUUUAGAGCCUCAACUUGAGACAUACAAUGAAACACCAGUGUUGACUACGAAAUCGACAAGACAAGAGAUUUAUAGCCAGCAGAGCAGAAUUUAG